GUACGUACUCGACCAAAAUUUCCCUGCAUUUCGUUCAUUAUGAGAAGCUUCUGAAAAGAAUUUUAGGGUUUAAGGGGGUGCUCAGAAGAGAAUUCAUCCACCUUCUCUUCUGUUCAUCUUUACAUGCAGAAACUCACAGGCUACCUGUGGGCAAUGGUAUGAACUCAUAGGAAACUGGGAUCUCUAGGAGGAAGGAAGCCAUUCAAGACCAUUUGAUGCAGGAGAAUAAAAAAAUUGCAGCAUGUUGGGAGUAAAUGAAAAUCUAAAACAAUUAGAGGAUCUGAUGAAAAUUGCUGGAUCUUUCUUUGUUGACAUUCAGACUUAUGUUACCCCACCAUGGGCAGCUAUAGUUGCUGGAACUUUAGUGCUCGUGACUCUUUCUCUUUCUAUGUUUCUAAUAUUUGAACAUCUUUCAGCAUACAAGAAUCCUGAGGAGCAAAAAUUUCUCAUUGGUGUCAUUCUAAUGGUUCCAUGCUAUUCAAUUGAGUCAUUUGUAUCGCUAAUAAAUCCAUCAAUCAGUGUUGAUUGUGAAAUUUUAAGAGAUUGCUAUGAGGCUUUUGCUAUGUACUGCUUUGGGAGAUACCUGAUUGCUUGCUUGGGCGGUGAGGAGAGGACCAUUGAGUUUAUGAAAAGGAAGGGUCGCUUAAGUUCCAAAACGCCAUUAUUGGAGUCUAGUUCUGAAAAAGGAGUUGUUAAACAUCCUUUCCCGAUGAACUACUUUGUCAGACCAUGGAAACUUGGUCAAUGGUUUUAUCAAGUUGUCAAGUUUGGUAUCGUUCAAUAUAUGUUGAUAAAGACCUUUACUGCUCUUUUAGCUGUGGUUUUGGAAGCAUUUGGAGUAUACUGUGAAGGAGAGUUUAAAUUGAACUGCGGGUACCCCUACAUGGCUGUUGUUCUGAAUUUUAGCCAAUCAUGGGCACUGUACUGUUUGGUUCAAUUUUAUGCUGCUACAAAGGAUGAGUUGGAACAUAUAAAACCUCUAGCCAAGUUCUUGAUGUUCAAAUCCAUUGUCUUUUUGACUUGGUGGCAAGGUGUGGCAAUAGCUAUUCUGUAUGCCUUGGGCUUGUUCAAAAGCGCUAUCGCUCAAGGCCUACAAUUCAAAUCAAGUGUACAGGACUUCAUCAUUUGCAUAGAGAUGGGCAUUGCUUCAGUCAUUCACCUCUAUGUUUUCCCUGCACGGCCUUAUGAACUGAUGGGUGAUCACCAUACUGGGAAUGUUUCUGUUCUUGGGGAUUAUUCUUCUGUGGACUGCCCUGUAGACCCAGAGGAGGUCAAGGAUAGCGAGCGCCCCACAAAACUGCGACUCCCCCAGCCAGAUAUCAAUCCGAAAGGAGGCAUGACUCUCAGGGAAAGUGUUCGGGAUGUUGUUCUUGGUGGUGGUGGCUAUAUCAUGAAUGAUGUCAAGUUCACUGUUACGCAUGCUGUUGAGCCAAUGGAGAAAGGGAUCACCCGGAUAAAUGAAAAGCUCCAUAAGAUAAAACAGAACAUAAAGAGGCAUGAGAAGGGUGGGAGAAGAACCAAGGAUGAUAGCUGUAUCGCCUCCUCUUCUCCCACUAGGAGAGUGAUCAGAGGUAUCGAUGACCCCCUACUCAACGGGAGCAUGAGUGAUAGUGGUUGCAGAGGAGCUUCAAGGGCCAAGAAGCACCGACGUGUUUCUGGUUAUACAAGUGCGGAGAGUGGAGGAGAGAGCAGUGAUCAGGCUCAGGGUGGCUAUGAGAUCCGUGGAUGCCGAUGGAUCACCAAGGACUGAUAAUGUGUGUUUUUCCCAUCAGAAUGCGUAAGAGAUGAAUCUAAUACCAGUGCACGUACAGAGAGGUUACAGAAUCUUGAUUCUGGUGAAGUUGCGGGGUUUGUUUUUGGCAUGCUGCAAAUGUGCAAUAGGAGAGAGAGCGAAGGUAUAUUUGAUUGAGGAUCCGGUAUAUAAUUUUAUUUGCUGCUCUGGGCAUUGUAAAUUUUGCCAUUGGUGAUGGUGGGUUUGCAAGGAAGUGGUGGAGGUGCAGAUUAUGUUCUUUUCUUUUCUUUGCUUUCCAUUUGUAACUUUUUCUGCUGUGGGUUACAUCCCAUUCAAGGAAUGCUUUGCAUGGUGAGUGACUUUGUAUGAAUGUAAAUUUCAAGGAAUGCUAUUCAUGCAGAGUGGCUCCUUAUGAUCCACAUUGUUGCCCUACUUGUAAUACACAUUAUGCCUGUUUACCUCUAAUGGAGUUUUGAGGUUCAAUAUUGAAGCUUGUAGAGUUGGGGGGCCUUUUUUGGGUCCUU